GGCUCUGCGUCUCCGAGCCCUACGAGGUGGUGGUGAAGGUCCCGUUCUUCGUCGAUCUGCGGCUGCCCUACUCCGUGGUGCGGAACGAGCAGGUGGAGCUGCGGGCCGUGGUGUACAACUACUACGAGGACGAUGAAGAGCUGCAGGUGCAGGUGGAGUUCCCGUACCAGGAGCAGCUCUGCAGCCCGGCCCGGCAGGGGAAGAGCUUUCGGCAGAGGCUGCGGGUGCCCCGGGGCUCGUCCCGGGCCGUGCGUGUCGUCGUGGUGCCCCUGGAGCUGGGCCCCGUCAUGGUGGAGGUUCGGGCCUUGGCCCAGGGCCUGGGCUUCCGCGACAUCGUCAGGAGGAUGCUCAACGUCCAG